AUUCAUAGUCAACAAAUUCAUUAACUGGUUGGUUGAUUCGGGAAAAGUGCUGUACUGUAAAAUUAGUCUCAGCUUCCGAUUUUGGCCAACUGUCUUCCAGUGCUUCUCAGCACAGCAACACAACCGUACAGUAAGAUUAUUUUACCACACUGCUGCAAGAGGGGUGUUAUCACCACUGUGAUGAGGCUCAGUCAGGUCACCAUGUUAGUGACACCAGGUAUAGACAUAUAAUUAUAAUACAGCUCUGCAUAGAUAGCAAAUGUGAGAUGGGGACAGUUGUCUUUGUGUUUAGAGUAACUUUAGCCAGGACACCUGAGUAUUUCCAGAAGGACGGGGACUAAAUGAAGGUCUGAACCCAAGUAACAGCAAGUGCGAGAAGUGAUAAACGGGCAAAUUCUUGGAUUGUUCUCAGACUGCCUGCCCUCCUCGGGUACUUCACAAAAAGAACAAAGCAACUUGACUCACUGACUGAAAAGGACAACUGCGAUAACUGCCUGUUCGUGUAUGCGUGCACACUGCAUGUAAAUGCAAGAGUGAGCAACAGAGUGCUUGUGUGAGAGAUAAACAGAGAGAGAGAGAUAAGCAGAGCUGUACACUGCAGGCUAUGUCUAAUCUGAGUGAGGCCCACUCUUUGUUGACAGCCAGUAUUGACAUAUUCUCAGGAUUAGUAGCUCUGUCAACAUGAUGCCACUGGCUCCUUAAAAUAGAGGGAGAUGGGCAGUCAGCAAAACAAAACUGUAGUUGUGUGCCACCGUAGACUCAUAGAUUGACAUGAGUCUGACCCAGAUAGACGCAUACUGAAUCUCUUAGGGUACCACUAAAACCGCACAGUGCUUCACUGCGUCCAACUAGAGAUGACAACACCCGCAGAAAUGGCUAUGAGCAUCACUGAAGAUAUGCCUCGCCAGUUCCCGAAGGUAGUUCUGAGUGAGGCAGAAGAGGAGACACAACUGAUAGCAGAGAAAGUAUAUGCAUCAGCGCUAAAGGAAGAAGACAACAAGGAUGCCUUAUCAAUGUUCACCGUGCCUGAGGACUGUCCAAUUGGCCUCCAGCAAGCCAAGGAGCAUGAACUGCUUAAGGAGCUGGCAGAGCAACAGUCAGAGGAGAGUACCAAGAGGAAGAAAAGCUUGAAGAUGAUUCGUUCCCAGUCAAUGUCCCUGCAGAUCCCAGUGACAACAGACUGCACGCGGCCAGUGGCAGUUACACCAUUCUUGUCCCCCAGCUCCACUUGCUCAUCAGUGCCAGAAAACUGCCCUGAUUACCAGAGGGUCACUAUUAGUGGUGAUUACUGUGCUGGUAUCACAGUGGAGGACUAUGAGCAGGCAGCCAAAAGUCUGUUUAAGGCUCUGCUUAUUCGUGAGAAAUACUCAAAGCUAGCCUAUCAUAGAUUCUGUAGAACCACGGCCCAGUUCCUCCGCAGUGCUGAGAACAUGAGAUGGAGCGAAGAAGAUGAGGUUCUGCCAGAUAUGUGCCCAUAUCCAACAGAGGAGGAAGAUCCAUACAGCAUGGACAACAUCCCAGAGAAUCUGAACUAUGAACUGAAGAUGAAGGAUGGAAUAGUGUAUGUGUAUGACAAUGCCGAGAAUGCUCUGAGACAAAAACAGCCCUACGACCUUCCUUACCCAGAUUUAGAGACCUUUGCCAUAGACCUCAGUCACGUGCUGGCGAUGAUUGCAGAUGGGCCGACGAAGACCUACUGUCACAGACGGCUAAAUUUCUUGAGUUCGAAGUUUUACCUUCAUGAGAUGCUCAAUGAGAUGGCUGAGUUAAAGGAACUGAAACGUGUCCCUCACAGAGAUUUCUACAAUGUUAGAAAGGUGGAUACGCAUAUUCAUGCAGCUGCCUGCAUGUCUCAGAAACACCUGCUGACCUUCAUCCAGAAAACAUACAAGACUGAUGCAAACCGUGUGGUGUUGGAGAAGGCCGGACAAAAACUGACUCUCCAGCAGGUUUUCCACAACCUCAAUAAGGACCCCUAUGACCUCACUGUGGACUCUCUAGAUGUUCAUGCCGGGAGACACACCUUCCAUCGGUUUGACAAGUUCAAUUCCAAGUAUAACCCAGUGGGAGCCAGUGAACUUCGAGAAAUCUUCCUGAAAACAGACAACCUAAUUAAUGGAGAAUAUUUUGCUCGCAUCAUAAAGGAAGUGGCCCAUGACCUGGAGGAGAGUAAGUACCAGCAUGCGGAGCCACGCCUUUCCAUCUAUGGACGCUCUCCAGAGGAGUGGAACUGUCUGUCUAAGUGGUUUAUUCACCACAAAGUACACUCUCCAAACAUGAGGUGGAUGAUUCAAGUGCCCAGAAUAUAUGACAUUUUCAAGUCAAAGAAGCUGGUAUCUAAUUUUGCAAAGAUGCUAGAGAACAUAUUCCUUCCUCUGUUUGAGGCCACUGUCAACCCACAGAAGCACAAAGAACUUCAUGUUUUCCUCAAAUAUGUGUCUGGCUUUGACAGUGUGGACGAUGAAUCCAAGCACAGUGAUCACAUGUUCUCCUUCAGGAGCCCAAAGCCAGAACAGUGGACUGCAGAUGACAACCCUCCCUACAGCUACUACCUCUUCCACAUGUAUGCAAACAUCAUGGUCCUCAACAACCUCAGAAAAGAGCGUGGACUGAGCACCUUCCAGUUCCGUCCCCAUUGUGGAGAAGCUGGAUCAAUCACUCAUUUGGUCUCCGCCUUUCUCACAUCGGACAACAUCUCACAUGGACUCAAUUUAAAGAAGAGUCCUGUGCUGCAGUACCUAUACUACCUAGCCCAGGUGCCAAUUGCCAUGUCUCCGCUCAGCAACAACAGUCUCUUCCUGGAAUACUCUAAAAAUCCUCUCAAAGAGUUCCUGCACAAAGGCCUGUGUGUGUCCCUGUCCACAGAUGAUCCCAUGCAGUUUCACUACACCAAGGAACCACUGAUGGAAGAGUACGCUAUCGCAGCUCAGCUGUGGAAGCUCAGCACCUGUGAUGUGUGUGAGUUAGCCAGGAACAGUGUGCAGCAAAGUGGACUGUCGCACCAGGAUAAGAUGCACUUCUUAGGGGUGAACUAUUUGAAAGAUGGACCCGAAGGAAACGAUAUCCGUCGGACCAACGUCGCCCAGAUUCGCAUGGCCUACAGACACGAGACACUGUGCAAUGAACUUAGCUUCAUAGUGGAUGCAGUGAGGUCUGAAGCUAUGGAUGAGUAAACAGACCUCUCAUUAGACAGAAUCCAAGCAUGAUGAGCUCUCAUCACCUUUUACCUUUAUUUUGAAAAGUGCCAGUGAGUGAAAACUACAAUAUCCUGCCAAUUAAAAGGCAAUGCUUAGCUGGUGACAAGUUGGUAACAAAGGAGUUUGGUAAAAUGAAGACACUUUGGAAGAUUGAUGGCACUUUGGCUCUUAAAGGUUUAGGCCUAACCUGUGGAGAGCCAACAUGUGUGAAGUAGAUUCACAUGCUUGUCAUUACACAAAACCUACUAUGUAUAAACAAUUGUACCUCACACUCCAUUUGGUGCCGGGGUAUGUCAUAAAGUUGAAGUUUUACUGUAUAAACUGUACAUCGGACAUGAGAACACUUAUGGUUUAGAGUGUUAGUUCAGACCACUGAUACAAGAUGAAUGAAAUCUGUGACAUUCCCUGUGCCUCUCCCUUAAAUAGCUUUCAGUGAGUUUUUGGAAAGAAAUACGUAUAU